AUGGCGCGGGGCCGGAUCAACCGGGUGAGCGGGGCCGGGGGACGGGGGACGGGGGACGGGGGACGGGGGCCGGGGGCUGGGGGCCGGGGGACGGGGGCUGGGGGGGAGGUUCGCGUCCUCCAGCCUCCUGGACACCUGGUGGGCAAAGACUUGGAGCGUGAUCCUCCAGCACUGUGUUCAGCAGGUCCAGUAGGAGAUGACUAUUUUCAUUGGCAAGCCACUAUCAUGGGGCCAAGCGACAGCCCUUACCAAGGUGGUGUCUUCUUCCUGAAUAUCCACUUCCCUUCAGAUUAUCCUUUCAAACCACCCAAGGUUUCAUUUACAACAAAAAUCUAUCAUCCAAACAUUAACAGUAAUGGAAGCAUUUGCCUCGAUAUUCUGCGCUCACAGUGGUCUCCAGCUUUAACACUAUCAAAAGUUCUCCUGUCUAUCUGUUCACUGCUGUGUGACCCAAAUCCUGAUGACCCUUUGGUACCAGAGAUUGCGCAUACCUACAAAUCUGACAGGGAAAAGUACAACAAACUGGCCAGAGAUUGGACAAACAAAUAUGCAAUGUAAAAGUGACAAACAAGAAACAGAAACUCCUUUACAUAAUCUGGAAUGCAAAAAUAAAAGCUGGCUGCAGUUUUAUGGAAUCACCCGUGCCAUUCCCAAUGAAUUUUAUACUUGGUGAAGGGUGAGGAGUUCUGUCUGAAAGCUGGGGCAUUCUGCCCUUGGUCUGAGCAGUCAGCCUGCCGUAUAUGGAUGUGCAUUUUGAAAUAUACAUAUUAUAUAAAUAAUAUAUAUAUUUCUUUUUUAUCACCAGUUUCUGUGACAGCAGUCAGUUUGCUGGUGCUCUGGCGUUUUACUGGUCACAGGGGAGGGAGGCAAUAGCAACUUUGUAAGUGUUUUGUUUUGGAAAUGUGAUGCUUGUUUCCCUGAUCUAUUUAUGCUGUCUGCAGUCCAUCUUGUAGAGUGAGUGUGUUUUUUUAUAUAUAGAUUAUAUACAUGUGUCUGUAUAUACACACAUAUAGAACCCAGCCUCUCCUGAGCACAGUUUUAGUGAAUAUUGCGAUUCGUGGUGUUGACAGAGUUGCUUUGCGUCUGGUGAAUCUCUCUGGAAAUGAAGCUUCCUUUGCAGAUGUCUACCGAUGCAGAGCUCUUGGUCGGCCUCCCACCCACAUACCCAACGAAUUCUGUGGAUUCCCUUAUACCGGGGUGUAUUCAUCCACUGAUGCCAACACUUGGGUUCUUUCCCAAGCAGCCACUCUGUUGUAUCUUCGUUCUCCAGUGCAUGUUCUGCACUGACUCUCUAUCUCCACAUCAUCACUCCACUCCAAAGACCUUGUGGGGUAGGCCCAGAACAGGAGUCUAAAAUGGGACCUAGGACUCGAGUCGUCUUUCUUUUUAGCUUCUGCCACACUAUCUGCAAGGUGAAGAGGGAUGUGUUUGGUUGGUUUCCCUGCCAUCGCCAUCCCAUCCCACCAAAAGGCACUGCUUCAAGUGGUAGGGGGGUCCUGCCGCUCUCUAGUGGGUCGGGUGUCUGCAAUCCCAGAGUGAGAUUCGCAUCUAGGAGUGCAGGCUCAAGCUCACGUAUGUGGUCUGGAGCUGUUCCUAACCCUUUAGAAGUAUGCCCUGACACUUGAAUGGCAGAAGAGGCUUUCAGUCCUUUACUCUGGGUGUGAUUGCAAACCAGAUCCCAGUUGGUGAGUAGGUGCUGAUAUGCUUUUCAACUACUGGCUCCAUUUGCUUUGUGGCAGCAACAAAGAGCACGGUCACUGGCUGCUCUGUCACCCGUUCACUGAGAUUACUGUAACAACCAUAUUGCAUCCUAGCAGAGGGCUAACCCAGCAGAGGAGGAGACAGAGCUCCAGUGUCUUCCUUACCAGGGUCUUCCUGGUAUGUGCAACCCAGUGUGCACCCGGCAGGAGCCUCUGGAUCAGAGCUUUCUGGUUCACCCCUUUUGUUUAACCUUUGAACAUCAAAUGGUCAGGAAAGAGAGAACGGUCACCAGAAUCUAGCAGUAACUUUGCUCAAGGGUCUCGUGAAGUUUCACUGCCUUUUGAGCCAACAUGGAAGUUCUUGCUGUCCGUGGGUGUGAGAUGGCUGGGUAAUAGCCCUGGCCAGUUGGUAAUUCAUGCCUCGCUUCACAGGGUAUCUUCUACUUUAAAUGCUACUAUAGGCUGUGGAAAAUUCCCUCUUGUGGAGGAUUGGAAGUGAGUUUGUAAAUGGAGGGCCGUUGUGGAAUCAGUUUGUGGUGUUUUACUCACUCUGCUGUCACAUCUGCUCAAUCCGGUGCUUGAGCUGAUGUCGAUUCCCAGGAAAAGUGUCACCUCUUCUGCAAACUAAUGGAUUCUUUUAAAAUGAUGAAAAACUAUGAUUGAAAAUGGAAAAGAUCAAAUAUACAUGGUUUUUUUUAGUUGAAAUAAAUGAUGGGGUUUAAGUCAGUUUUCACUGAAUGAUCUGGCCUCGUGUUGGUACCAUGUAGUGUUUUGUCUUUUUUAAUGGUAUGUUGCAAUAUACAAAGUCCUUUCCUAAACUGUGUGAAAUAAAUUGGUGGCUGGUUUCUGCUCUAA